UUACGCUGCCACACUUUUAUUUUGCCAGGAAGGAAAUCGCCAGUUAAAGAUUACAAUUAGAAAAUUAAGUUAAAUUGAUGAGAUAUUUGAGUCCGCCUAAGUGAAUAUGUCGCUGGAUUAUGAGAAGAUGAGCUGGACGGAUGUGCGGGAUCAAUUCAGAACGUGGCGUGAGGAGACAGGUCGCCACAGCGAGGAGGUGGUCCAGCUGUGGGUUGCUGUGCUGGAGGACAAGGUGCACAAGACCGGCAACGAGCGGCAUCUUAUCCUGGAGCAGGUGAUCAUCGCGGCAUUGGAUACGGCUCGCUUUGACAUAGCCACCGAGUGCACCAAGCAGCUGGCCCUCGAGUUCCCAGGCAGCCUGCGCGUGAUGAAGUUCAAAGCGAUGCGCUACGAGGCUCUGGAGCAGUACGAUGAGGCUGACGAGGUCCUGGACGCAAUCAUUGCUAAGGACGAAACAAAUGCCGCGCCCAGGAAGCGCAAGAUUGCCAUCCUCAAGGCCCGUGGUCGUCGCCUGGAGGCCAUCAAGGAGCUCAACGAGUAUCUGAAGAAAUUUAUGUCUGACCAGGAGGCAUGGCACGAGCUGUGCAACAUGUAUCUGGCUGAGGGCGAGUUUGGCAAAGCUGCUUUUUGCAUGGAGGAGGUUUUGCUGCACAAUCCCCAUAGCCAUCUAAUACACCAGCGCUUGGCGGAAAUACGGUACACAAUGGGUGGCGUCGAGAAUAUGGAAUCGGCUCGCACUUACUAUUCGCAGGCCCUGAAGCUUAAUCCGCAUAACUUGAGGGCCCUUUAUGGCAUUUACCUGUGCUGCAACCAUUUGGACAAUUCCCGAGCUGUAAGCUCCAAGCGGAAGGAGCUGCAAAAGUUAAGUCAAUGGGCCCUUGAACAACUUUUGUCAAAACAAACGAUUGUACCCUUGGAGGCUGCCUUUGGAAACCUGGAAAUCAAAUCGAAUUGACCAAUAUAAGCACUACUAAUUUGUGCAAUAGAUGCCAGCAUGUAAUGGUUCCAAAUAUUCUCAGAAGUGGAUUUCCAGUUUCUGUUCUUAAAGCAAGUUACAUAGAUAAACAAUCAAAGAAACAAUUUUAUAAUCAGUCUAAGCAACUGUUUUUGGUGGUCUAGUAUUGUUGACGGCAAUGAAACCGGAUAAUUUACAUUAUUGAGGUAGGCAAAAAAGGUCCUGUAAUAAAUUUAGAUUAAACGCAA